ACCAUUUCCACAGCUCAAGUCCUCCAAGCCGCCUGCAAGUACCUCCCUGUCUCUCUCUCCCACACCUGCCACCAUGAAGUCCUGUGUCAUCGUCGCUCUGUUUGUCGUUGCCGUCAUGGCCGCUACCACUGAGGCUGGCUAUGGUCAGGUAAGCCAUUUUAAAAAAGCACAUUUCUUAUCAUUGCCAUUAUCAUUUCAGAUUGUGACAUCGGGUCUUGAAGAAAAACAAUGAGUUAUCUGUUCUUUUUUUUUUUCUUUUUUUUUUAAAGAAUGUCAACAAAAUCAGUAAAUUAAAGUUGUAAAAUUAAUAAUCAGUUUUAAAUUACUCUCGAAUACAGUCGAAAUUCGUUUCAAAAAGAAUCCAAUCUUUUUUUUAAAAAGUCCUUAAUUAGUUAAUAUAAAAACUGAAUUUAUACUUUAAACAUCGUCUUCAUUCGUUGGCGAAAACGUCGAGUUUUUUUUUGGGAGUGGGGGGGGGGGGGGGUGGGGACUUUACAAAAUAUUUGAAAAAGGGUUUCGGCAUUUAUUUAAUUACUAUAAAAAAUAAGCAAAAAAAAAAGUUUAAUUUCUAUGAAUACAAACGUCUACAUUUAAUUUUCCUCGCAAGAACAAGCCAAACUACGGCGGCCAACCUGGAUACCAGCCAAACAACCCCGGGUACAACGGCAACCGUGGCAACGGCGGCUACAACGGAAACGCCCCCAACAGCGGCUACAACGGCAACGCCCGCAACAACAACGGUUACAAUGGGAACGCCCCCAACAACGGUUACAAUGGGAACGCCCCCAACAACGGUUACAACGGGAACGCCCCCAACAACGGUUACAAUGGGAAUGGAAACAAAGGCGGAUACCCUAAAUACGGCUGAGACAUCUCCAGGUAGGUGCGCCUAUGCGUCUCUGUGACAGUAGCUCCCUGUGGAAGUGUCAAUUCGUUGAAACAGGAAGUCCUUUUUAAGUUGGCCUCAUGUCAAGGUCAACAGAUGAACCAUUCACUAUAAUUCCAAAUGGUUUACAAGGCUAUUAAAAAGUCUGAAUGAUAUCUGUAACAACAUCUUUAUAACAGGGCUUGUUACUUGCGAUUAAGUUGCAGUGUCACUCUGAGGUAGUAUUUUGCCGUAUCUUUUCGCACUUUACAAUCCUCCAUGACAUUUGACAGCACGAGGCGUUAGUAAUUUAGCAUCACGGAUUUAAUGACGAUAUAGAAAACACAGUGUGAAAUACUAUCUCUAGAAAAUAGAGCAAACACAGUUGUCAUAUACCUUCUUCCACUUCACAUUUUGUUAUUCCACUCAGAUCUGUUGAGUCAACAUAAGGGUGUUGUUUGAUACACAAGAGCCAAUCAUGAAAAUACACAGUCUGCCAUUUAAAAGUCGUCCACUUGCUUUUUCUUCGCAUGACAGACAAUAUCUCAUUAAAUUCCUGUUCACCCUAACUUACGAAAAACAAUACUUUAUCCAAAAACAAAUUAUGAUCUCAAUAUUUGAUCCGUGACAAUAUCCUAGAAACCUUGGUAAGCAGCGUAAAUUGCUUCAGUGAGUACACCGCUAGUUUUAAACGUAAAUGUGCGUCGUUUCAACAGCUGUUUGUAAAGUUAAGAUUUUCAUGCAACAGUCAAACGAUUCGAAGUCAAAGAAACCGUUUUUAUUUGAGUCGCUUUUUGCUCGCCGCGUUACAAUUAUAUAAAUUGCUAUAAAUAUCAUACAAAUAAUUUUUUUUUAACUUUGAAAAUCACUCCUCAUUCCAUUUUUUUUAAAAAUAAAUCUUAAAACAUUCAAUAUUUGAGAUAACUUUUUUUUUUUUUAAAUUGAUGUUAUACAUUGACGGUCACAGUAGUUUGAUACAUCAACACUAAUGAAUGGUGUACAUGGAAAUAAUUGUUUUUAUUGUCUUCUCCUCCACAGGUCACACUCCCACUUGGCUCAAUUCAAUGUUUUGAGUUAAAUGUCUAAAUAUAUUUGAAAUCUAAUAAACAAAAUGGA